UGGGUGAAUAAUCUUUAUUUGGUCUGUACAUUCGGCUUCCAAUCUGGGAAUUUUUCCAAGAAAAUACUGACUGAAAUACAGUCAGAAUAUUUAUGUGCAUUUACAUUAGGCUCCAACAAUAAGAUUGAGCCUUUUUCAAAAUUUUUACUUGCAUAGCCAAUGAACUAGUGGCUCAAAAAUCCAUUUAAUUUUCCAUACUUCCCAAAACCAUGUCAAUGCAAUGAUCUCUUUUGGCAUAUCAUCCCAAGAGAUUGCUAGUUUUGCUGUGAUGGUCCAUUUCCAGAAUCUGGCAGCAAGGCAAGAACCAUUAGGAGGCUUUGAAAUGUAGACCUUAUAAGUAGGGCAAAGGCAAGGAAGACGACUGCAGAGGGAAUGCCAGAAGCAUUAUCGAGUGGAUGAGAGAAUGCAGGGAAGGAAAAUUUCCACUUCACAAAGACAUUUUAAAGAGACGGUGUUUGGGGAUAGUGAUGCCACAGAAAGACUCACAACUCAAAAUCUCAUAACAGGAUUCAGUAGUUUAACAAAUUCAACUCCAAAUUGUCCCCCAGACAAUCACUGCAGAAUCCUCCCGCUGGCAAUUGCCUGUAUCUGAGGAUUUUACAUCUGUCUUUCGUCACUGUCAGUACUGCCACAAACACACUUUCAUAAAAAGGGAGGUAGAACUGCAUCAGGCUGUAAAACACCACCCAGCUCACCCCUCGCUCAGCAACGCGGGUGGCUAGGGAUGCCUGGGUUGCCACCAGCCGCUCGAAGAGGGCGGGGCUGCCGGAGCCUGCGAUUGGCUGCUUCGUGCAUAUCGUCCCGCCCCGCCCUGUAGCUCCUCCCAGGUUUCCGUUGUCAAGGACGCGGCGUCGGUUGUUGUCAAGAUGGCGGCUGCGGGGUUGCUGCCGCCCCCUCUGCUAUUGCCCGGCGAGGUCGCCGCUGCCUCAGCUGCCAUCUGCACUAAAGGCACAAGUGCUGCUGCGCGGGAGCUAGGGCUGUCGCGGCCGACCCUUCGGAGCCCGUGACGCGGGGCCUGAGAGACGGAGUAUAGGGAGGGGCCGAGCAGGAGGAGGAGGAAGCCAGAGCUGCCAUGAGGGAGGCGCUGGGGGCGAACAGAGAGGCGGCGCUGAAGUGAAGGAUGCUGGCGGGGAGGCCCGGAGCCCGGAGCGCGGUCGGGGAACUGGGCACUGAAUCAUCGGACAACCUCGACAGAGCCCCCCUCGACCCACGGGAGAGCGGCGGGCAUCACCGACCUGGCGCUUACCUAGAUAUGAAAAUCCAUCUGGAGAAAAAUUUAGAAGAAGAGCGCCAGAUAUUACUGCAGCAACAAAAAAUAUGUCGAAAUCGAGCACGUAAAUAUUUUGUGGAGUCAAAUCGGAGAAAAAAAGCUUUUGAGGAAAAACGAAAAGAACAAGAAGAAAAAGAACACCAAAUUAGAGAACAAAUACUUCAACAAAGAAAGCAGAGGUUUGAAGAAGUUACUGAAAAAUUCCAGCGUGCCCAUAUUCCUCUUUCACAGCGGAGGAAAGCAGUUUUCAGAAAACCAGUUCCUCCAUUAGAAGAGGCCCUCAAACAAAUUCAGGAAUCCAACUUAAAAUCAGAUGUAAACCUUCCCUUUUCCCAUAGACCAACAAUAAACUGGAGCUCGACUGGUUGUUUCCCCAACCCCUUUGGAACCUCUCCCUGUUUUGAAGCCUACCUGUUUAUCCAGUCACUCCCCUCAUCCACCAGUCCGCACUCUUUCUUAUGUCACUCCGUUGCCUGCACAUCCUGCUAGCUUGGAUUCUUUUCAGUCAGUCCAGCGAUCUGUUCCACAAGCCACAGCAUUGUCAAAUCAGCCCAAGGCCUUUGCAGAUCAUCUACUAGCCUCAGUUCUCUCCCUUGCAUCUCCCUGUCAUUCUCCAUCUUCUUCUUUGCCUUCAUCUCCUUCUACUUCCACAUCCUUUUCUUCAGCCUGUAUACCGUUUUCUUCCUCCUCAUCUGUUCUUUCCUCUUCUUCGACUUCCUCUUCUACUUCUCCAUCCUUACCUCCUUCAUCUAUCCCUCUUUUUUCCUCUCCUUUGCAUUCAUCUUCCUCUCCAGGUUUGCCUCCAACUUACUUAGCUUUUCCCUCUCCAAUUUCUCCUGUUUCUUCUUCCUUUAUGAUUUCCUCUUCCUUUCCCCCUAUUCUUCACUCUCCUUCUGUUUCUACCUCCCCAUCUCCUUUUAUUCCUAUCCACCCCUUCAAUCCUCCUCACUGGGGGAAGAAAGUAGAGAAGAGAAGAGAAGAAAGUGAAGUAGAGAAGAAAGGAAUAGAGAAGAAAAAGUUGACAGACGACAACUUUAAAGAGCUAUAGACUCUGCCUUGCCUUCAGCAUUAUCAAAAAAUGAUCACAAACAUCAGAAACAACUCUUAUCCAGAAUCAAUUGUGAUAAAGAAAUGAAUGAAAAUAUGAGGGCAACCUUGGCUACUAGCAAAAAUGUGUUCCAGCUUAAACUGGAGGAAACUCAGAAACGCCUAGAAGAUCAGCAUCUAAGCAAUUUGCAAAAAUUUUGUGAUGAAGUUAAUCAGAUAACCAAUUCUGAAACCCUCUCAAGUAUAGACAGUCUUGAGCCUACAGAGCAUGAAGAAAUAUAUUUAACACUUAAUAAGGAGCAUUCCACAUCCAUCCAGCGGAAUACCAUUUCCCUCAAACCAGCAAGUAUGCAAUCAACUAAACUCAGCUGCUUUGAUGAAGAUAAACUGGCAUUCUCUAAAACUCAACAUAUAAAUAAUUGGCUUACAAAUGUAGAUGCUUCAAAUACUCAGAAUGUCACACCUUUCUCAGAUAUUUUAAGUAAAUCUAAUGUUCUACCUUCAUGGGAAUAUUUUAAUAGUAAAGAACAAAAUCCAUCUUCUUUGAAUGGAACAGUGGAAAGAGCCACAAAUACUGCUAAUAAUUCAGUAGCCUUUGUAUCUAGCCCACCUAUAUUUGUACUAGAUAAAAAAUGUGAAAAGACCUCUGAAACUAGCACUGUAAGGACAACUGACUCCACUUCUGGAGCAUUCAAAAGAGAAAGGCCGUUAGUUACUGAGAGCCCAACAUUUAAAUUUAGCAAAUCCCAAAGCACUUCAGAAUCUCCAACCCAGGAAGUGGCUACAUUUCCAGACCAAGAGAAAUAUUCUGAAUUAAAUCAAGAAAAUGGAACUACUUCAAUUCCUACUUCAUGUGUACCAGUGGCAAUGCCUUUAGUUUUGCCAUCUAAUAAACAGUCAGCUAGACCUUCAGCAAAGAACAGUAUACACAUAAAAGAAAUUGAUGCAGUGCAGUGUUCUGAUAAGUUAGAUGAAUUGAAAGAUGGUGAAGAAGAAAAGAUAAAAUAUUUUAACUGCAAUAAGGGAGAGUUGCCUUUAUUUUCAGACAGUUUUCAAGAUGCCUACAUACCUCACAAUCCGGAUUCAAAAGAUGAAAAACAAAAAUUCGCUGAAACAUCAUCCUUGUCUAAUGUAACUUCUAAUUAUGACUUUGUUGGCCAGCAUAAGAAAAUGAAAUACAACAUCCAUGAGAGAAAUGGUGUGAGGUUUCUUAAAAGUAUUUUAAAGAAAGAAUCUAAAUAUGAACAUGGUUAUCUUAAGGCAUUAAUUAUAAAUCAGAGCUUUAAGUUUGGAAAUCAAAAAGCAGCAGCUAUCAAAGAUAGUAUUGAAUUAACAAAGGAAAGGGAAAAAGGUGCAGAAAUUCCAAAGACUAUUAAAAAACUGAGGUGGUUUGAUGAAACUAGCAGUAUAGAAAACAAUGCUGAAGACAGUCAUUCACUGAAGAAUAAAACAGGAAUAACUCAACAGCAUUCUCAAAAAUUCCGCAUUCAAAGUGGUGCUGGAAGCAACAUAAUUAGUGUUUCUGCUUGUGCUGUAAAUUCUGCUGCUAGAAAGAAGUCCAGGGAGGAUUCUAUCUCUGAAAAUGUUACGACUUUAGGAGGAUCUGGAGCAGACCAUAUGCCUUUGAACUGUUUUAUACCUUCAGGUUAUAAUUUUGCUAAACAUGCCUGGCCAGCCUCAAAAAAAGAGGAAAGUAAAAUCCCUGUACAUGAUGAUUCUAAAACUAAGCAAGGUAAGCCACAAAGAGGUGGAGCAAAAAUAAUUAGAAAACCAGGAUCUGCAAAAGUCCAAUCAGGCUUUAUAUGUACAAACAGAAAAGGCACUGUCAUUGAACCACAAUCUGCAAGCAAAGUCAACAUAUUUACACAAGCUCAGGGAAAAUUAAUUAUACCUCGUCCUUCUCCCCAAUCUACAUCAAAUAUUAGAAGUGGUAAAAAUAUACAGGUGUCUCAGUGUCAAUCAGUAACUCCUGAAAAUCCUCAAAACAUUAUUACACAUAACGGUUUUAAUUCAAAACAUGUGCUUCCAACAGAACACAAUUUGAAUCAGUGGAAUCAGGAAAGUAGUUCUCCACUCUCAAAUGCUUGUUCUGAUCUAGUCACUGUGAUACCAUCACUGCCAUCAUAUUGUUCUUCAGAGUGCCAAGCUUUUGCAAAAAUAAAUCAUUCAAAUGGCACUCAAGCAGUUGCCCAGCAAGAUGGGACAUUAUAUUGCACCCAAAGAAGUCCUGUUUGUGAAGAAAGUUAUCCAUCUGUGACUCCAAGAACUGCUGAAGAAGAAUCGGUUCCCUUGUGGAAAAGAGGGCAUAAUGUCCUGCAUCAAAAUAAGAGGGCUACGGGGUCUACUGUUAUGAGAAGAAAACGAAUUGUUGAAACCAAGCGAAGAAAUAUUUUAGAGCAGAAAAGACAAAACCCUGGAUCUGUAGGACAGAAGGACAGUAAGCAGAUUAACAAUUGUGGACAAAGUGUCCAGCUAAGUUCAAGUGAGCCAAAACAAACUACAAGGGGUACUUCUUAUGUUGAAGAAGUUUCAGAUAGUACUUCUGAGUUUUUGAUGGCUGAAAACUUAGUGAAAGCAUCACUGCCGGAGGAUGAGAUUCUGACUGUCUUGAAUAGCAAACAGAUACAGAAAUCAAAUCUACCUUUAAAUAAAACUCAACAAUUCAACAUCUGCACACUAUCAGCUGAAGAACAGAAGAUCUUAGAGUCCCUUAAUGAUCUCAAUGAAAGACUACAUUAUAUACAAGAAUCCAUUUGCAAAAACUCAUCCAUCAAAAAAAAUACUUUACAAAUAAUACCACUUCUGGAGAAGAGAGAAGAUAGAACCAGCAGCUGCAGAGACAAGAGAUAAAUUCCAGCAGAAUCCGUCUAAGAAGACCUUUCAUGUACUUCUCUAGGACUAGAUGCAUUCUAUUUUGUCAAAACCAGCCAUGGGAAAACAUGUGAGCAACAACCCCUGUGAACAUUUGUCCUAACUCGGAUUUUGUGAGCAGUGAAGUUUAACAGAGCUGUGACAUUUAACAAAGCAGUGAAGUUUAACAAAGUUCUGAGAAUACCAUGAACGACAUUAUGCCUGCCUGAACAAAAAGCAGGACAUAACUUAGCUCUUAAUACAUGCCACAAGGAUGAAGCUUGUGAGUAGAGCAAACAAACAUUUUUCCACAGAAUUCACAGUGCUCCUUUGUAAUUUAUAGAUUCCAUGUUGAAAUAUAUGUUAAAUAAAAUUUCUGUUUAUUAAACCUCUUUAUUAAACCUCUAACUUACUGAUAAGAUAUUUAUAAAGUAUGGCAUAUUUUGAUUGUUUAAUUGCCCAUUUCAGUGUAAUACAUAUUCCUAAAGUUACCACAUCCCACAAAAUGGCCGUUAGUGGCAGCAAUAGAGCAAAGGUUACCUUUUUGUAUGGUGAAGAGAGGACUUCCUAUGGCUCUACAAUUACAUCAGUUCUUCCAAAUUUCAUACAUGGCACUUUGGCAUACAGAAAAAACAUGAAAUUUUUCAUUAAAAUGUCAUGAAUCAAGCCAGGGCCGUUGGCUCAUGCCUGUAAUCCCAGCACUUUGCAGGCCAAGGUGGGCAGAUGGCUUGAGCUCAGGAGUUCGUGACCAGCCUGGGCAACCCUGUCUCUACAAAAAAUACAAAAGUUAACCAGGCAUGGUGGCAUGCACCUGUAGUCCCAGCUCCUUGGGGCCUGAGGCAAGAGCAUUACUUAAACCCAGGAGGAUUACUUGAACCUGGGAGGUUGAGGCUGUGGUGAGCUGUGUUUCGCCACUGCACACCAGCCUGGGUGACAGUGUGAGACCUGGCCUCAAAAUUAAAAAAAAAUUUUAAAAAGGUAAUGAAUCAAAAUUAGAAAUUAAGAGUUUUAAGAAAACAUGUUAUGUGGUCUUUUAUUAAUAACACACUAAAUUUUGGUUCCUCCCCAUAAUUAGUUUUGAAACACUUGAUGCAGUGAGAAAUGCAUUAACAUGUUGAAUGCCUACCACGUACCAGAUUUUGUGCCUAUGUUUUUUAUUUAAUCUGACCAGUCACCCAAACCAUGGGUAUUUUUGUCUCCAUUUUACAGAUGAGAAACUGGAGGCUUAAAGAAGUUAAACUUACCCAAGGCCACAUAGCUACCUACAGUGAGAGAAUCAAGAUUCAAACUCAGGUUUAUCUGGUUCCAAAACCCAUGUUCUUUCUGCCACAACUUGUUGGUAGAAAUGAAGACUAUUGGAUGAAAUGAGGGAAAACAGAAAAUGAAUUCACUUUUUCAAUGAAGAAAAUUAGUGAAAAAAUUGACCUAAUGAAGGAAACAUUUGUGAUUUCCUAUAUUUUGAAUUAUAAGAGUAGGAUUUAGGAAGGCAACAGAAAAUUUAGUGCUUAGACUUUUAAAUAGAAAGUUGUGUGCCCUUUUAGAAAAUACUUGAGAAUUUUUAUACUAUCAAGAAAAAAUUAUGUGAAUUAAGAUGUAAUUUAUAAAAUAACAUUUCAAUGGGGGUAAGCAGGCCAGAAGAGUGUGCCAAGUUGUUUCUGAGUCAUUCUAAGCACCUCAGAUGGAAACUCACUUUUAUUUAAAAAAAAAAAAAAAAAAGACAAGGGUUUAUAUUCAUGUACACUAGUAGUAUAUAUGUACACAGCAGCAUCCUGCAUGCCAAACUAGCUUCACCGUUAAUAAUCCCUCACUUCAAUGCCUCUUAGGAACCAAAGAAUGCCUCUACAAGCAAAAGAUAGUUGAAAAUAGUUAAAAUCCAAAGUCGGAAUAGGCCAAAAAAAAAAAAAAGCCUAAAUA